AUGAAAGAGGAAAUGCUUGUUUCUCCAGAGAAUGUUGUGGAAAGCACUGAGGUAGCAUGUGGUGUGGGUGCGGAGGAGUAUGAGGUAGCAUCUGGUACGGGUGCGGGUGCGGAUACGGAGGAGUAUGAGGUAGCAUCUGAUGUGUACGAGUAUAAGCUUAAAGAUCUGGUUCAGUUGGAGGUGGGGAUUCAGGGGCUUCAACUACUCAACAUCGUGCUGCUGAAUCUCCAAGGGUUUUGUCUGGAGGCGGGCCUCCCUCAGGUACCUAAUGGCUUUGGAAUUGGGUUACGGUUGGUAAAGCUGAUGAUACUACUAUACAUAGCCGCCCGAGCCCGAGCCCGAGCCCGAGCCCGAUCAGUGUUUUUUUUUUUUUUUUUGCCAAAACUCUUUUUUACUUUUUGGAAUUUGGUAGCAACUCUGUAACAGUGCCAUAAGGCCAUGUUUGGCAGCAUGUAAUCUUCAUUAACACAAUACAAUAUAGAAUAAUGUCGUAUUUUUGUUUCUCAUAAUUAGCGUAGUUGAUAUUUGUUCUCCACAAUUGUAAAUAAGUAUAUAUACUUCUAUUGGGAGAAGAAUAAGAUCAUUACAAAAAUAUUAAACCCUGAAA